AGAGAGAGAGAGGAAAGGAGAGGGGGGGGGCGCACUACAGUUGACUGCCCUGUACUAUUGUCAGUUUGACACUUGAAGUAAACACCCUGAAGAUGCUGUGACUCUGAAUCACUAGCGCAUAGAAGAAUAUAGCAGACGUAUGCUCAAGAAGCAGAAAUGGCCUCCAACUCAGGCAUGCAGCCUCCGAUUGCCGCCCCCUCUUCUAAAGGGGAUAAGACAGUCGUGGACAUGGAUGCCAUCACAGACAAUAUCACCAUAGUGCUCUACACCCUCACUGUCGUCCUGGGAACUUUUGGCAACACAGUGGUCAUUUGGGUGGCCGGAGUGCGUCUGAGGGCCAAAGUCACCAAUGUGUGGCUAGUUAACCUUGCCGUAGCUGACCUCAUUUUCUGCCUGACUCGCGCCAUCUCUCUGACCAAGAAGCUCUUCUUUGACCACUGGCCGUUUGGCGUCUUCCUUUGCAAGUUCAACGGCUUCUUCAAGUACACCAACAUGUUCUGCAGCGUGUUCCUGCUGGCGGUCAUCAGUUUGGACCGGGCUCUGUGCGUGUGGCGGCCCGUUUUCACUAAGCAGCGCCGGACUCUCUUUGCCGCGCGGCUCAUCAGUGUUCUUGUGUGGGUACUCGCGUCAGGCCUGAGCGCCCCGUACUUCGUCUACCGGCAGGUCUACCUUGGCAAGAACAAUCUCAGCAAAUGUUCCUUAGAGGUAAAGGAGAAAGAAGGUGAGGAAGUUGCCAAGAUAGUCCUCUACAGUAUCCGCUUCCUGUGUGGUUUCCUCCUCCCCUUCCUGGUCAUCCUGGUCUGCUAUGUGCUGGCGGCCAUAGGCAUCCGGCGCACACGCCUCAACCGCAAGUCCCGUCCGUUACGAAUCCUGGCCGGCCUGGUCUGCACCUUCUUUGUGUGCUGGGCGCCCUACCACUGCCUCCUGUUGGUCAAGAUGAUGGACAGCAAGAGCCAGGCGGUCAAGGUGGGCUUGACAGUGGCCAAGGGCCUGGCCUAUUUCAACAGCUGCAUUAACCCAGUGCUGUACUUCUGCAUGGGUCUCACCACUCGCAGCCGCUUCCAGCAGACGCUGUCCGGCGUCUAUCGACGCGCUCUGGGCGACGACGGUGACGGAGCGACGUCGCAGUCACAGGAGCAGACGGUGGACGACAGCUCGGGCUCCAACCCCAAGCACGUGCACACUCAGGCUCAGCUACAGGGCAAGCCAUCGCCUCACGCCAUCACUGACGUCUGAUUGGAUGCUGCACAAAGGAACUAUAAGUUAACCUCCUGUCGGUCAGGAAUGACUGACCUUUUUCUUCUUCAAAUGAUCUAACCUUCCCAAGGUAAUUUCAAAAUUUGUCAGACGGUUUGAUUUAAGAACAAUAUGUGCCACUGACUCUAACUCUGUCUAAAAAAGGGAGAAGACACUUAAAAGAUAGAGGAAGUUGUGGAGACAGAACGGGAGCAGUUCUGUUUUCAUGUGGCCUAUUCUGCAAUGUUAGUCACAGGUUUGUUGUACAUUCUUACUCAUAUAGUGGUUAGGCCUCUGUUUGCUUAAAUAGCUUUCCUCUGAAGUAAUACCUCACCGCCUUUUCAACUUUCAACUUUAUGCAACCCCUCAACAUACUUUUUUUCAUGGAAAGGAAUAGCAUUAUUUUUCAUCUUUAUUUCAUCUUUUUUGGUUCAGCCUGAAUAUGUCAGAAAUUCCACACAAUAUAGGAUAACCAUUUUUAAUGUUACACUUUGUGAUUUGAGUACAUCGAGUCACCGAUCUUACAGAAAUGUUUUGUUGACCUAUGUAGCAUAAUCUUUGUAAGAGUUUAUUGCACAGCUGUUUUUGCUGUCAACUUAAUACUGAAUCCUACCUUAAUAGACCAUGCCAUUUUCACAACUAGUUGAUAGCUUCAAAUCCAUGCCUUCAUACAGAAAUGCAAUCAAUAUUUUUCAGCUCUUGGCACUCCUGAAAAAUGUUGUUUUAGAUGUGAAAUACACCAUGGUAUUGUGGUCAGGCUAUACAUUAGGGUGCUCAUAAUGUCUAUGAUGGAUCACAAAGACUUAGGGGUAUCUCUCUGGACAUCUCUGUGCCUUUUCC